AAUCAAUUCCUUCAUCUCCUUCAACAAUAUAUUUAUAUAUAUAUAUAUAAAAUAUAACUCUUUCCCCUUUUCAACUCCCAAAAAACUCUUUUUCAUUUCUUCAACAAAAAAAAUUGAUUAAGCUAUGCGUUUAAGCUGUAAUGGUUGCCGGGUUCUCCGGAAAGGUUGCAAUGAAAAAUGCUCCAUUAAACCUUGCCUUCAAUGGAUACAAUCUCCUGAAGCCCAAUCCAACGCUACUCUCUUUCUCGCUAAAUUUUACGGCCGUGCUGGUCUUCUCAAUCUCAUCAAUUCUGGACCUGACCAUUUGCGUCCUGCUAUUUUCAGAUCGUUGUUGUAUGAAGCUUGUGGGCGUAUUGUAAAUCCAAUUUACGGUUCUACCGGUUUGUUAACUUCCGGCAACUGGCAUCUCUGUCAAGCUGCUGUUGAAGCUGUUCUUAGCGGUGCGCCGAUAGUUAAACUUUCACCUGAUUCGGCUGCAGAUGCAACGAGCCCUUCGCUUAAAGCAUGUGAUAUUCGCCACGUGUCAAAGGAAAAUAGCUCGGAUCCUGAUCUGCACAAGGUUAAGUCGCGAACCCGGUUUAAGAGGGUUUCGGCGAAGCCGCAGCCGAGGAAACAGUCGCCGGAUGUGGAUGAUGCGGCUAGGGUCAUGUGGAGUUGGUGUCAUAAGGAGGAGGCAGUCGGGUCGCCGAGCCUCAAUUCGGGUCUGAGUCAGCAGAGGACGGAAGAGCCGAGCCGGGAAGGAGAAAACGGUGACGUGGAUAGCGGCUCGGUGGAAACUGUAGAAGCCUCACCGUUGAAGCUGGAUGAGAGCGAUGUUGGCUUGGAACUAACGCUGGGUUGCUGCCGUUGAUGAGAAGCUGAUGAAGAAAAUAACGGCCUGGAUGAGGCCACGUGUACAAUAUUGAUCAGCUGGAGCUUAUUUUUGACGGGUUUAAAUUUAAGAUAAUCCUGUGUGAGCCCCCAGUUUUUGGAAGGUGUUUUUUUUUAAUAUAUAUAUUAUUAGAGUUUAUUACUAGCUUUUAGAUUUGUAUUUUGUUUUAAUUCUUUUUGCAGUUAAGAAGGGCAUGUGGAAUGUGAAUGUUAUUUUAGAUAAUAUAGAGAAAUGAAUAUACAAAUCUAAGUUACAA